AGCAGCUCUGGGAGUGUGUGUGCGCGUAGCGAGCGGCGCGAGAGCGCGACAGUGGAGUUACACAUCCCAGUUUUCAAACUUUUCCCCUCAUGCUUCAGUUCUUCCUACUGCCUCAGUGCGUCAUUGUGCAUGGGAGUUUUGUGGUCAAAGCGAACAUCGUGCGCGAAGACGCCGUCGCUAAUGGAAUAACGCCUGUUGGAUUUCUUUCGUGCUGAAAUGCGUGUCUGAUCAAAGCUCAUACCUGCCGUACUGACCUUCAGGAGGAAUAAUCACGGGAACGCUCGCGUUGAAUGGGUCGUAAGGACGCUCACCUGAACCUGUCUGGAUGGGAUGCACCGUGAGCUUCAUCUGCUGUGAAGACGAUUUUCUGCAGAUGCCUUUGGAUCAGCAUGUGGAGAAAAAGAAAGAGGAAAAGAGGCUCUUGUCUAAGCCUGAAGAGUUCGAAGCCGUCCACUCCCACACCUUCCGGCUGAAGACGUUCAAGAAGGGGAAGCACUGCGGCGUGUGCAAGCAGACUGUAAACAAUGAGGGGCUCAUCUGCAGAGUUUGCCGGUUAGCCUGCCACAGGAAGUGUGAGGUUAAGGUAUCGUCCUCCUGCGUUCCUGUUGCCAACUAUGAACUGGCCCCAAGCAAUGACCUCCCACUGAAACAUAUAGAGACAACAGGCUCAACCAAGUCCUCCAAGAGCAUGGAGUCUCGACGCAGACCAUCUAGGAGUUUGAGUUUGAUCCAGGCCAUGGAGGAAAACUACGAGGUGGACCUGGUCUACAUCACAGAGCGCAUCAUUUCUGUGACCUUCCCCAGUAAUGUAGAAGAGCCAAGCUACAGCGCCAACAUAAAGGAGGUCGCCACAAUGCUACGCUCCAAACAUGGUGACAACUACUUGGUCUUCAACCUCAGCGAAAAGCGAUAUGAUAUCUCCAAGCUGAAUCCUAAAGUGCUGGAUUUUGGCUGGCCGGACCAUCACGCUCCAGCCCUGGAUAAGAUCUGCAGCAUCUGCAAAGCCAUGGACACUUGGAUGAACGCUGACAGUCACAAUGUGGUGGUCUUACACAAUAAGGGAAACCGAGGUCGAACGGGGGUAGUUGUGGCUGCGUACAUGCAUUACAGCAACAUAUCAGCGAGUGCAGACCAGGCUCUGGACAGGUUCGCCAUGAAGCGAUUUUAUGAAGAUAAAGUGCUUCCUGUGGGUCAACCCUCCCAGAGAAGGUAUGUGCAGUAUUUCAGCGGUCUGCUGUCCGGCCACAUCAAGAUCAACAACAAGCCCCUGUUUCUGCACCACGUCAUCAUGCAUGGGAUCCCAAACUUCGAGUCCAAAGGAGGUUGCCGCCCUUUUCUCAAGAUCUACCAGGCUAUGCAGCCCGUCUACACAUCUGGGAUCUAUAACGUCCAAGGAGACAGUCAGACCAGUAUCUGCAUCACCAUUGAACCCGGCCUGCUUCUGAAAGGAGACAUCCUGCUCAAGUGUUAUCACAAGCGCUUCCGCAGCCCGUCCCGUGACGUCAUCUUCAGAGUGCAGUUUCAUACCUGUGCUGUCCAUGACCUGGGCAUCGUCUUCGGCAAAGAUGAGCUCGAUGAAACAUUUAAAGAUGACAGAUUUCCUGAAUACGGAAAAGUGGAAUUUGUUUUUUCUUUCGGCCCAGAAAAAAUCCAAGGAAUGGACCAUCUUGAGAAUGGGCCAAGUGUUUCUGUGGACUACAAUACGCAAGAUCCUCUGAUUCGCUGGGAUUCUUAUGAGAACUUCAACCAGCGCUGUGAAGAUUCAGCGGAAGACGUUAUUCACACACAAGGUCCAUUGGAUGGUAGUCUCUACGCCAAGGUUCGGAAGAAAGAGUCUCUCGACGGAGGUGUCACAACUAAUGGUCUCCCAGCCACUGUCGAUCACACUUUACCUGCUGUAGACCACACUCUACCACCGGUCGACCACGCCUUAUCUGUAAGCAGCGAUUCGGGCAACUCCACCGCUUCCAUCAAAACCGACCGCACGGAUGAAGUCAGCCAUCAGCCGGCCUUGGUGAGUCAGCCGUCCUCCCAGCCCCUCAGCCCAGAGGAAAAACAAGAGCUGGACCAGUUGCUCAGUGGUUUGGAAGCACCAAUGCAUCGUGCAGGUUACCAAAGCAGCCCUGGCACCGGAGGCGGUGGGGUCCUACACCUCGUCCCCGCCCAGGUUCACGUCAACGGACACACCAACAUAGACCGUGAGACAGAUAUCCUCGAUGACGACCUGCCCAACAGCCAGGAAGGAAACAGCGUGGACAGUCUCGGAACCCUCUCGUCUUUCGAAGGCAGAGCCACUCCAGCAGAUCUGUACUACCAGUCAGAGACGGUUAUUAAUGGACAAGAUGCGCCGUAUUCGGAGAAGGGUGUCCAUGAGAAAAUACCAGAGCCCAAAGUGCACAGCUCCUCGUCUGUCCAAGAGCACUUAGGGUCCGCUAGUGGCUACGCCAACCAGAAUGGCAACAUCUACCGAUCUCAAUCAUUAGGAGCAACCCCGACCACAGAGCAGAAGUACAUGCCCAAAGCUCCCACACGCACGACCAGCAGUAGGGAUGCAGUGCAGAGGGGACUGAAUGUUUGGCAACAGUAUGGAGUUCCAGAAGUCCCAGUUACAGAUGGAGUCACCUUCAACCCUGUUCUACAAUCCCACAGCCUCCCAGAGUUUCCUCACAUGGCAUCUCAACAAGAAAUUGAGCAGUCCAUUGAAGCACUCAACAUGCUAAUGCUGGACCUUGACCCAGCACUUACUCAAGUCCCUAAGUCACAUAGUGCCCCAUCUGGAGAAGGUGGAGUGGUCACCACCCAACCAUCUUUCUCUCAAACCCAAGCACGGCCAUCCUACCAAUCUGAUGCAGCCAUUCAUGACCGAAGUGGGGCUUCUCCAUACCCUUUGAGCUUUCAACAGGUAGCUGCAGAGCAGCCCACUAUAAACCAGCAGAGACCAACAGCCAUGUCCCAGCAUGCUCCAUUCCCUUCUGAGGCAGAAGGUCAGGCUCCAAUGUCCCGGUCCACAGUGCCUUCCUCCACCUUUGGAGUUCUCCAGUUGAAACCCCUCAACAUUUACCCCUCAAGUACCACAUCGCAGUCCCCUGAGCCCCAGGAGAGCCAGCAUAGCUAUUCUGCCUCCUCAUCGCCUUUGCCUAAAGAGUCUGAACCGGAAGAUGCCAACUACAAAUUGGAUGGUCUUGUAGCGCACCGUGUAGCUGAGUACACUGCUCGUAUCAGAGGCAUCAGUAACAGGCAGAACGUUCCUGAGCUCGGUCACCGCCGCCGCUCUUUCUCCUUCAGUGGAGUUCAGUCUGGUGAAAUGUCACCGGAUGAGGUUUCGGUUCCAGGACGGUGCCGGACCAUUAGUGAGGGUCUUUCCCAAGAUGACAGCUCACCAACCCCAGGAAGCUCGGUCCGCUCCCCCAUCCGAUGCAUCUCACCCGAGCUGGCCAAUACGAUUGCUUUAAACCCUGGGGGGCGGCCCAAGGAGAGACACAUGCACAGCUACAGAGAGGCGUUUGAGGAAAUGGAUGGGGGUCCCGUCAGCCCCCCUCCGAUCGUUGGUGGUGAGGCACUACCCCAAACCCCUGCCUUCCCUGUCUCGCCACAAACCCCUUACUUCAACCUAAGUCGAUCUCCUCCAGGACUGGCUAAAACACCACUGUCCUUCCUGGGCUUGAAGCCCCACAACCCUGCUGAGAUACUGCUCAACCAGACAGGCUCAGAGCCUCGUAGCUAUGUGGAGUCUGUGGCCAAAGCGGCUGCAAGUGGGCCGCCAGCAUCGCCUGUGUCUUCAACAUAUGACAGCGACAGCUUAGCUCGUCCUGCUGGGCCAUCCCAUGCCUACAACGCUCCUCUGUCCUCUAGCAGCCCCAUUCAGAGCCCAGAUGCAGUUGAAAGCACACUGACCGAUAGCGGAGUGGGGUUGAAUUCUCUGUCCCAGGCUGCUGUCGACUCCGUCCUUCACUCCCAGCCCUCCGAAAGCACAUACCAAACACCCAUACCCUCUUACCCCACCUCCAGCAGCAUGUUGGGUGGCUACAUGACCCCCGAUAUCAGCCCCUCUCUACCAGAGGCCAUCCAAAAUAAUGCCACCACCAUCCAUCCACUCGCCGGAAGCCCUGGCACAAGACACCAAGCCGUCCUGCCCGACAUGAUGUCCGCUCCUGGCUUCCAGCACAGAAUGCCUAAUCAGGACGGCCCCGUUCUGGGCCGACAGCCAAUCCCAGCUAACGGUCAUCUGCCAGGAAUGGCCGGCAGUCCCGUGCAAGGAAGACACACCAUGGUGUCCCAAGGAACGCAGAGCAGUCCAAUACUGUCCAGACAGUAUCCAGUCACCCAAGGGAGCCAGAGCAGUCCGAUUCUCAGCAGGCAACCUAUGGGACAAGCCGUCCACAGCAGCCCGGUCCUCAACCGACAGGCGUCCCUGAAUCAACCAAUCGUUCUUCCAAACCAAAGCAGCCCAGUGUUGAGUAGACAGCCGUCCGUUACCCAACCUAACCAGGGUAGCCCUGUUCUGAGCAGGCAGUCCUCACUUACACAUCCCAGUCAGGGCAGCCCCAUUCUGGGACACCACCCGUCCCUAACGCAGGGUAGCCCCAGUCUGGACAGGCACCCGAUGUAUAGCGGCUACACCACUCCGGAAGAGCGACACGGAGCCCUUUCACGCCAAAGCAGCUCCUCUGGAUACCAGGCGCCAUCUACACCUUCUUUCCCAGUCUCUCCGGCCGGAUACAUAGAUGGAGUGGGAUUCAGACAGGGCAGUCCUGUCCCCCAACCUCAGCUUCCUGAAAAGAGACGCAUGUCCAGCAGCGAUCGCUCCAAUGGCGGACUGUCCUACGGAACGCUCAACGGAAAGAUGUCCUCGCCGGUGUCCAGUGGGGGCAGCACUCCAAGCGUUCAUUUCUUCCACACGCUCCCUGACUUCUCCAAACUCAACAUGUGUGAUGGAAGUCCAGAGACCAGGCUGAACGUGAAGUUCGUUCAAGACACGUCCAAAUUCUGGUAUAAACCAGAUAUCUCCAGAGACCAAGCGAUCAACAUGCUGAAGGAUCAAGAUCCUGGAGCCUUUGUCAUUCGGGACAGUCAUUCAUUCAGAGGGGCCUACGGCUUGGCCAUGAAAGUUGCCUCACCACCUCCAACUGCGCAACCUACAAAGAAAGCUGGAGACGUCACUAAUGAGUUGGUGAGACAUUUUCUGAUUGAGACGAGUCCCAAAGGCGUGAGACUGAAGGGCUGUCCUAACGAGCCGUACUUUGGCUGCCUGUCUGCACUGGUCUACCAGCACUCCAUCACUCCGCUGGCUCUGCCCUGCAAACUAGUCAUACCAACCAGAGAUCCUCUGGAGGAGUCCCCUGAGAUCGCAACACCGACUAAUCCAGCAGCAGAGAUGCUCAAACAGGGUGCAGGGCAGAAGAGUCCAGCUGAAUCCCAUGCAUGCAAUGUCCUGUACAUAAACUCUGUGGAUAUGGAGUCUCUGACUGGGCCUCAGGCCAUUGCCAAGGCCAUCUCAGAAACCAUGGCAGCCGGUCCCGCGCCUUCAGCCACCAUUGUUCACUUCAAGGUGUCGGCACAAGGCAUCACGCUCACUGACAACCAGAGAAAGCUUUUCUUCAGACGACAUUAUCCCAUCAGCACAGUCACGUUCUGCGACAUUGAUCCACAGGAGAGGAAGUGGAGCAAACCAGAGGGUGGCAAUGCAAAGUUCUUUGGCUUUGUGGCCAGAAAGCAAGGCAGCACGACAGACAACGUCAGUCACCUGUUCGCCGAGAUGGAUCCCGACCAACCGGCCACAGCCAUUGUCAACUUCGUGUCUAAAGUGAUGCUUAACUCUCAGAAGCGGUGAACACUUCACGUGGCGUUGCUUUCUGGAGGACUUUCAUUUUGCUCUGUUUGAUUUUAAGUUUCUGUUUUUCGUUCUGUAUGUUUGGGUGAGAGGCUGCGUGAAUGUGCGAGGAAGGGUUAUUCGGACGGCAGUGAGAAAGAGGGACAGAGGAAGUGCAGUGCGGGCGUAGAGGAGUGAAGUACAGAGGGGAGGUGAUCUUCAUCUCAUCGGAGGGGACGUGGAAAUGAUGUCGGUGAAUUUGUUGCUCUUUUUUUUUUUAAGAAAAAAGGAAAAGAAAAAGUAAAAAAAAGGGGGUUGAUGAGGAGGCUGAAAUGUGGGGCUGAUGUACCAAAGACAAGAGAGCAGUCAGGACAAACCAAUCAUUAUUCAAGCGUCCUUGUAUAUCUUGGUAAACCACAGCUGCUUCGUUAAAACUGUACAUAUGAACUGAAGCAUCACCUCUUUUCCUUCUAAAGCGGCUCCUCUUUCUCACGCUACAAGUGUAAGACCUUUUCAUGUUUCAUAACAGCAGAACCUACAGUAGCAAAAGCUAAAAGUAAGGAUGGGUUAUAUAUUCUCACCUUCAAAGAUGUUCUUCUGAGAGAAAAUUGGAUGCUGGAGUUGUCAUUUCAGUAAAUGAGCGUCUCCAUUCACCUCUGGUCCAUGAAUAUCCAGCAGUUGCCAUUUGGAAAGUCUUCAUUUCCAGAUAUCUCCUGGGAAAGUGCAAUACAAAAGCAUUUAAAAUCAGACAGGAGACAUGUAAGGAAAAACACUAUUAUGCAGGUGUUUGACUGCCAACAAGAAGUAUAGCAAACCAAAUUGCAUUUUUUGCAGGUAUACAAUUGUCAAAAAAAAAAAAAAAAAAAAUCUUAAAAGGAGUAGUUCACUUCCCGAACAAAAAUUGACAGAUAAUGCACCCCCUUGUCAUCCAAGAUGUUCAUGUCUUUCUUUCUUCAGUCGUUAAGAAAUUCUGUUUUUUGAGGAAAACAUUUCAGGAUUUUUUUCUUCAUAUAAUGGAUUUCUAUGGUGCCCAUAAGUUUGAACUUGAAGAAGGCUACAAUUUAAAUACUUUUUAACCUUAAACCCUCGUCUUGUCUAGCUCUGCAUGAACUCUUUGUAUUCUGGUUCAUGACAGUUUGGGUAUGUCGUCCAUUUCAUUUUCUCCUCCAACUUUGAAAUUGUCCUACAUCGCUGCAGAAGUACCAAUCCCAAGUGUGUUUACAAAGUGAACAUGCAAAGGAGGUCAAACGCCCUUUACAGGUAAAA